GAGUGCAACAAAAUGGCGCCAGGGGCCAAGGGAGGCCUGUUUCUGUGGCCUUCCUGAGGUCUCUUGGAAGCCACAAACAGGGAAACCUCUUAGGAAAACUGUCCCUGGUCUCCUGAAUUCUAUUUCCUGAAAUGCUAUUUCUUAAUAGCCUCAGCUAAAGCAAGAGGACGCUUUUACACUUGAUUCUGUACCGGAAAGAGGAAUUAACUCAUCAUGUCAAAGGAUUUGAGCGGCUGCUUAGAAUCCCCUACCGGUUGUGAUAGUUCAGGGUCUGGCCAACAUCUUCUGCCUGUUCCAGGUACCUCUUGGGCUACAUCAGGACAGGAUGAAGAUGAUUUAGAUGACUCCUUACUGGAACUUUCAGAGGGAGAAGAGGAUGACAGUCCCUUCAGUUACACUGAAGAAGAGAUUCAGGAGCUUUUGAAGGAUGAUGAUGUCCUGAACGAUCAGUCCUCUUUGGGUGGAGGGCUAAAAAGUGCAGGUGGUCAAAUGGAGAAACUGGGGAGGGAUAGUUGUGUGUCACUUGACUCUCCCCAAGAUAUAAAUUCACCUUGUAGCUUGGAGCUUGGAGCUGGGCCAGCCAGCAGCAUCCUCCAGCUACCACAGGUAAGUACACCAGCUAGUCACAGCCUCAUUCCCACCAAACUGUCUAGCAGACCCUCAGCACCAGAAAAGAAUCUUUUGAAAGUAACCACUGUCCCACCAUUUAAGCCAAUCGUUUGGAAUGGUAUCUUUGGAAAGGAUAAGAUGGAAUCUUCCAAAGGCGCCUGCAGGAAUGCAGACCGCUUCGGAAGACCUUCCCACCUGGGGGAAGAUGGGAACAAGGAUAGCACUAGUCGUAAUAAUAGCAAACCUUUGACUGGGCAUGAAGAAACCACCUCUGCUAGCUCUGUUUGGGAAGGACCUUUGUCUCCUUCCAAAGGUAACCCUCAACAUAUGGUCUAUGGGACCAAAAUGCCUUGGCGAGAUGUGCCUACCCCCUUAAUCUCUCUGACCUUGGAACAGACAGGUAGCCCCUCUGAUGGGAAAUUAUCUCUGGGGAAUAGGAGACAUAAAAUCAGUGGUGUAAGCCGGUCCCCAGCUGUUCCCUCAUCAUCGGGCAAACGCAUCAUCCUAGACAAAGAUUCUGGGAAAAUGAUGGCUCAUGAGACAAGAGUAAGCAAAAUCACCCCACUCCUACCAACCAGAGCAAGGAGUAAGUAUCCGAGAUUUUCACAAGUGGAACUAGAACCGAAGAUGUCUACAUCUUCAUUCAAGAAUGGCGUCACUCGUGUGCCAAAACCUAGGGCUCUUCACCAGGGGUCCUUAGGUGAAUUGUAUGCCUUGAUGGACCAAGUCGCUAGUGUGGAAUAUCAGAUCCAGAAUCGCAGGUGGCAACACCUUUCAGCCCUCACCAUGAUAAACUACCCCCGAUUCAGACAGAAGCCUCUACAGAGGUACAGCCUCAUUUAGUGGAUGGACAGACCUCACAGAGCCAUUGUGGGUCUCAGGGCUUUGGGUCAGUUCUAAUCAUCUCAUCCCCUCAGCUAUGAGGGGACAGCCCCUUCUCCCCCUUCAGUGCUCAGAGGAAUUUUUAUUCCUUUCUGUCUCUUGUGCUUUAUAGAUUUUGAAUUCUUUUAUUUUAAUAAGAUGUUUUUUCAAGAUCUUA